CAAACGAGAUGGCGGCAACGCUCUGGCUGCUUCUAUGACGAGCAGCGCGAGUGACUCGCAACGCUUUAUAAGCGCCGCCGUGAGACACACGACGAAUAACUCCUCAUUAUUGACACAGCGGCGAUCGACAACGAUUACGGUUGAAGAUAAGGCAGUUGUGUGUAAUCAAAAAGGUAAAAUAAAGGUGUGAAGUCUGCAAGUCGGUUGGUCGCUCACGCCAAGGCCGGCGAAAGGGGUCUGUGCGCUCGCGUCCCGCAGUUUAGCAGCCGCGGCACUUGGUGUGCUGGCCAACUCUUCCACGCCGGCAAUGGAGCCGUGGGUGCUUCUGCGCCACGCUAUGUACCGCUUGAGGCAGGCGGAGUGCCUGUCUGUCCUGGAGGCCUGGGGCGUCUUCUCCGGGUCGCAGAUGCAGGCGCUGGGCCGGGUGACGCGCGGCGGCAAGGGGAACUUCAUCUCGGCGGCCGUGCGCUUCUGCAAGGAGAAAAAUGUGGAGCUGAAGAAGGUGGCUGAGCUCAGCCUUCUCUCUCUGCAGAAAACCCCCAAUAAGAAACAGUGGACAGUCUUCCAGCUUCUAAACCCCCAGGAAGCAGACAAGUGUUUUGAUGCUGGAGAUUUAGAGUACGAGCUGCAAGAAAACAUCUCCGCAUAUUUUGAAAACGUGGUGGCAGUGAUCGUUCGGGAGGAUGCCGUGUGGAUACAAGUGAUACUGAUGGAGGGUGCACGGAGUACUGUCUCCAUGGGCCAGAUGGCCAACAUCGUGUUUUACCCGCAGUGCCACCACAUGUUCAUUGCCGACCUGAAGGCCUCCUAUAAUGAUUACAUCAUCCAGGCACUUCAGGCCACGUUGAACUAUAGUGAAGUUCAAGUGGUGCCGCUGAAAGGCCGCAACCUUGAAUCUCUUGCACAGAUCAUUCUCAGGAGGACUAACGAGGGUUACAGGCCCAACAAGCUGGCACAAGAGACAAGUGUCCAAGAAAAAGUGGUGCCGCUGGACCCUCGCUCUUGCGACGAGAACCUGAGAGAGAAGCAGCGGACGAUGGCCCUGACACGCCAGGCCUUCGGGGAUGCCCCACAGCCCAUGCUGGAAAGCCUCUCCUACGCGAUGGACACGCGCUUCCGUGGAUACAAGGUGGUGCCGCAGAUGGAGGGGCACACUGAGCACUUCCGCAUGAAGGUCAAACUGGAGAGCAAGAACGUACUCGAGGCUGUCAAGUCUCUGGCCCCUCUCGGCUUGGCAGCUGCUCCCCUGCCUGGAUUACUCACCAUGGUGCCUCAACGUGGCCGCAACUUCUUCAAGGUCAUGGAGAGGCAAGGGGCAAACUCAUUCAUGGUCAGCACAACAGGAAAUUCCGUGGAGAACACUCCACAGUGACGUGCCGUCCCGCUACAAACCCAUGUACUCAAAUUUUAUUCCUGACCCCAUCAUCAUCUUUUUCGCUCACGUCCUCUUCGCCAAAACUAACACAAAGGGAAACCAACGUGUCUGGCACCCUUUCCUGUCUAUCACUCAAGAGGGACCCAGGAGCAGGGAGCACAUACAAUUAAGAUUUAAUUGCUAUUUUAGUUAAGUAGUAUUAAUACAAAUGGCAGUGAUAAUACGUUUUUUGUGGUAAAAUGUUACCAUUAUGCAAACAUGCUCUUUUUGAUUUACUUAAAUCAUCCAUGCAAGCUAUGCAGUGAAUAACGGAAAUUUUAAGAAAUUAAGUCAACAUGCAUUUGCUGGAAAUAUGACAUGAAAAAUAGUUAUUCAUGCAAGUGUGUGAAAUAUGUGGAGUCAACUUAUCCCAUUGCAAAACAGCUUGUCACAUCAGGAAAUGAAAAAUGACAAUGCAGAGUCAAGUAGCAUCCUAAAUAACCUAACAAACAACUGGCCUUGCCCAUUCUUUCCCGACAGCCCUGUCACUACAGACAGGUAGGCUGUUGGAGCCAUAGCAAUCAGAAUAUUUAUCCUGGAGAAAUCCUGGGCGGGUCAGAAAGUUACAAAAACACCUAUAUGAGUGCAAAGUAUAGGAAAGGUAAGCAAAUCACCAGAAAUAAACUAAACCCAUUUUUAUUUUACCAGAUAAAGCCCACUGAGCUAUUAGUUAUUUUUCAGACAUGAGCAGGCCACAAAUGAGAGCCCAACGAAAGUGCCUUGUCGAAAUUUAUAGCAGCUACAUAAUCUUAACGCAUGUUUCUAAAUGUAGAGGGAAAAACCAGAGGACCCUGAGAAAAAAUUCAUGCGGCUACAGGGAAAACAUGCAAACUCCAAAUAUACACGUGUCAGGGUAGGGAUUGAACCGAUAACCUGUAUACCAGGCGAGAAAGAUAACAUCAUGCAAUUACGAUAGAUUGCCAUCGGUGAGUGGUGUGAAACCCUCAAGAGGGUGACAGUGACAUAGUUUGUAUUGUUGACGUUAUUUGUUUAGAAAAUGUACAGAAUUGGGUUUAUUGAUUGGCUCAAUUUUUUUUUUGGGGUACGGCAGGGGCACAUUUGUUACCACACUGCGCUAUGAACCCAGCUUCACGAGUUUGAUUCCUGGCCACAGCUAAUGAGUGGAGAAUUAUAUCUUAACCAGUGCUGGGGUCUCCUCUUUCGCCAACCUGUUCAAGCUCUUCUUGUGAAGAAAUAUGUUCAAAUAUACCCAGACAUGGCAUGGGGAGGCCUUCAAUAAAGGCAGUGGAUUAACUGCUAUUUCCCCUCUGUAUAAUAUCACUCUAUUAAACUACUUUUUAAGACUCGUUUGUAAUGGUGGGUUUUGUGAGCAAAGCUAAGCUUCUGGAGUUGGUGACAGUGCUGGUAGUGGUUUGUAUGGUGUGUGGGGAGGACCUCAUCCAGUGGUGGAUUUGCGCUCAUACAUACAGUGAGGGAAAAAAAGUAUUUGAUCCCCUACUGAUUUUGUACGUUUGCCCACUGGCAAAGAAAUGAUCAGUCUAUAAUUGUAAUGAUAGGUUUAUUUGAACAGUGAGAGACAGAAUAACAACAACAAAAUCCAGAAAAACGCAUGUCAAAAAUGUUAUAAAUUGAUUGGCAUUUUAAUGAG